AUGCCUGUUUGUAAGGUCUGUAAAAGUACAGAAUUCGAAAGAGAUCUUUCAAAUGCAAACAAUGAUUUGGUCUGUAAAAAUUGUGGUGUCGUCUCCGAAGAUAAUCCAAUUGUCUCUGAGGUCACUUUUGGUGAAACUUCAUCUGGUGCUGCCAUAGUACAAGGUUCUUUUAUCGGUGCCGGUCAAGCACAUGCUUCCUUUAUGUCACAUGGUGGUUCAAGUGCUUUGGAAUCAAGAGAAGCCACUUUGAACAAUGCAAGGAGAAAGUUAAGAGCCGUAUCUCAUGCCCUAAACAUUCCAGAUUAUAUAACUGAUGCUGCUUUCCAAUGGUAUAAGCUGGCUCUAGCCAAUAAUUUCGUUCAAGGUAGAAGAUCACAGAACAUAAUAGCAUCCUGUCUUUAUGUGGCAUGCCGUAAGGAAAAAACACAUCACAUGUUAAUUGAUUUCUCUUCAAGAUUACAAGUUAGUGUGUACUCAAUAGGCGCCACUUUUUUGAAAAUGGUUAAACGACUACAUAUUACUAAUUUACCAUUAGCUGAUCCGUCUAUCUUUAUACAGCAUUUUGCCGAAAAAUUGGAUCUCGGUGAUAAAAAAAUUAAAGUAGUUAAAGAUGCAGUCAAAUUAGCACAAAAAAUGUCUGAUGAAUGGAUGUUUGAAGGGCGUAGACCUGCAGGGAUUGCAGGUGCAUGUGUUUUAUUAGCAUGUCGUAUGAAUAAUUUAAGAAGAACCCAUUCUGAAAUUGUGGCAGUGUCACACGUAGCUGAAGAGACUUUACAAGAAAGAUUAAAUGAAUUCAAAGCAACAAGAGCUGGAAAAUUAUCCGUUAAAGAAUUCAGAGAGGUUACAGAAAGUGAAAACGAUAACAAUAAUAUUGAUAAUAAUGAUAGUAUAAUAAAGGAUCCAAAUGCAAGACCUCCAUCAUUUAUUAAGAAUCGUAAAAAAGAAAAAAAGAUUAAAGACCAAAUCAAACGUAAUGAAGUCAAUGAGACGAGUGAGGAAGCAUUAAAUAAAAAUCCAAUUUUAUGCCAGCUGUUAUCUGCACAAGAAUUAUCGUCAAAGGAACUAUUAUUUUACUUGAAAAGGUUCUCUGAAAAGAGAAAAAAAGAUUUUAAUAGAAUGAGGGCGUCCAAUGGUAUUGAUGAUACAGACUUACAUGAAAACAAAAAUAAAUUAAAUGAUAAAAGAGAAGAUGAUGAGGAAAAUGAAGAAGAACAAAAAAAGCAAAAUAGUAAUGUAAAUACUCCUGACGAUGAGACAGAGGAUAAAGAUAAAGAUACAGAUAGUAUUAGUACUAAAGUAGUAGUAGUAGAAGAAGAAGAAGAAACAAAGAAAAAGAAAAAGAAAGAUACUGAAAAAAUUAAACCAAAAAGAAAUGAAAUCAGUAAUAGGAGAAGGAAGAAAAAGAAAAAAUCAAAAGAAGAAGACUAUAUAGAAAAUAAUGUGGUAAAUGAUUCAUCUCCCGUACCGUUAAGAAGAAGUAGAAGAUUAACAAAGAAAAAAUUUAUUGAAAUUAUAGAAUAUAAUAUCCAUGAUGACAGUUAUGAUUUUGAGAGUAACAGUGAAAACGAAGACGAGAUAGGAAGAGCUCUUGAUCAAAGUGAGAGUGAAUCGGAAGAAGAAAAGAGUGUGGAAGAAGAAGAAGAGGAGGAGGAGGACAAGACAGAGGGGUCAAAUGAUGAAUAUGAAAAAAAGAAAGAGAAGAUAGCUCAAAGGAAAAGAGAGCAAGAAGAGAAAAGAAGACAUAGGGACGAAGAGAAAAGAAAGAGGAGAGAAAAGUUAAAGAAGAAAGGUCGUAAUUUUCGAGAAGUCAAGUUUCAAGAUGCAAUUGAUGGCUAUUCAUUAGAAAAAGAUCCCUAUAGACCCAAGAAUUUGCAUUUAUUACCAAAGACAGAGGAAUAUUUAACUAAAGUUAGUGAUGAUCCAGAGAAUUUAUCAGAUGUGGAUGAUGAAGAGAUAGAAUCUGUUUUAUUAGAUGAAGAAACAUCUAAAUUAAAGGAAAGAAUAUGGAUAGGCAUAAACGAAGAAUAUUUAUUGGAACAAGAAAACAAGAGACUAAAAGAAGAAGCGGACCUUAUAGCAGGUAAUACAACUACGAAUAAAAGACGUAAACGUGGCGGAUCUAGAAGAAAGAGAAUAAAGACAGAAGGCCUAGACCAAAAUAUGAUGGCCCAAUUAGGUAUAUCAGAUACGAUGGGUACAGACCGUACUAGUUUACAAGAAGCAUUACGUAUAGCAGAAGCUAAAGGUGAUUUCACGGCAGCAGACAGUGUGAAAACUAUGUUGCAACGUGCAAGUUUCUCGAAGAAGAUCAAUUAUGAUGCAAUCGAUGGCCUAUUUGGAUAA